AUGAGGCUGCCCUUUUUAGAGGAGCACAAUCGUGCCCUCGCAGAAGCCGCUGCCGCGGCCGUUGCCGCGAAGGCUGCGUCAAAGUCGACAGGGCGCGGGGGCAAACGAGCCGAGUGGCUCGCAAAAAAGCAGGCCCAACGGGCCAAUGCAGCUCCGGCAGCUGCCAGCGAUCCCCCAGCGGAUCCAGCUGGUGCUGCGCCUGCUGAUCCUGGGCAGGCAGCUGCGCCUGUUGAUCCAGUGCAGGCAGCCGCGCCUGCCGACGCAGUGCCGGCGCAUGUUCCUGCUGCCAACCCCGCUGAUGCCCCUGCCGAGCCCGUCGCGCUGGAGGAGGCUGCUCCUGCUGACGAGGAGCUUCCCGAUGCCGGAGCCGACGCCGUGGCCAAUGCCGCGAAUGUCGUGCCCCAAGUUAUGGCGGUGGCAGAUGAGGGUGAAGCCCACGCAGGGCUUGAAGGAGCGGAUGAGGAGCCUCCUGACGAGCUCGAAGAGUUCGAAGAGGAGGAGGAUGAGGGCGAACCUACGGGCGAUGCUCUCCCUCAUGCCGAAGCGGCGCUUCGCAUGUCCGGCAUUGAGCCGGCACACCCCACGAUCCCAAACGCUACGGGAAAUGCAGCUGCGAGCGCGGAGGGCGCUCCCGGUGCCAAUGCACCGACGGAUGUCCCUUCCGAGACCGCGGACGAAUACGCGAAGUUCCGCAGCCAGCUGCUGCGAGUGGCGCUGCUCCUGGUGCAGCUCCGACUGGGCCGCCCGCCAAAGCGCCUCCGCCACAUUUGCGGGCGCUACGGCCGGCGAAGAGGCUCAGGCGCCACUGUCGCGACCGUUGUCGCGCUUUUAGACGCGUACCAUAUGGUGCGCCCCCACGCCCAAGAGGAGCCGUGGCCAUCGAUCGCCACGUUCAUCCUAGCGGCCACUGCUGCCGCCUUGGUGGGUGUGCGGUGGACUCUCUCCGCGAAGAGUCGUCUUUUCCAGUCCGGCUUUAACGCCGAGGGCAACGCAGCCGCAGCCGCUCUUCAAUCCGCCGACGCCGCGCCGCCUCUCGCUGGUGUCGACACCUGGAGGCGCCUGAGCCACGUCACCAGUGGCGAUAAGUCCUUUAUGACCUUUUGGCACGAGGAUUGGAGUCCGCGAAAGAGCUCCGAGGCUCAAGAAUCUCCUUCGGGAGCACUUUCCAAUAAGAGCAUGCGCUUUACAACCUCCGGCGGAGCUGAAUUCGAAUUGGCACUGCUUCGACGGGAGUGCGAUAGUCUACGGAAAGCACUCGAUGACUCUACUCGAAGGGAGCAAGGCCUGGCGGCCCAACUCCGAGCUCACCGGGUUCUCCAGGAACAGGCGGCUGACGGUCGUGUGACACCGUUGGCCAUCCUAGAUGCCGCGCCCCAGGCGCGAGGUGAGGAGGUGCAUAUCGCCCUCCACCCGGACUCUAGCUUUUUAGGUCCGUUGCUGCAACUGAUCGGUGACGCCGCAUGCGUCGAGAUCUUGCUCACCGCGUUCACCUAUGACGAUCCGGAGCUUACGUCUGCCGCUACCGCAGCUAAGCUGCGAGGAGCCAACGUUCGAUUGCUUAUCGAUUUGCAGAAGGCUCAUGCGUGCAAGGAAUCAGGCAAAAUUUUGCAGCAGCUCUUGCAGGUCGAAGUUCGCACAACGUGCGGAAAAUCCCUUUCGGAAGUCUAUGGGGGCGGCGAGGAUGGGGUGACUUUGUUCGUAG